AUGGAAUAUAUAGAUCCCAGAAAGAUUUUUGUUGACAUCUAUAAGCAGAUAACAGAAAACUCUAAUCGAAUCUCACCUGCUGCUGCUCGUAGAAGGUUGAACACUAUGUUUGAGAUGGCUGAUAAAAAUCGUCCACCUAUUAUCAUUCUCAUCGAUGAGUUAGAUCAGCUCUGCACGAAAAAGCAGGAGCUUAUCUACGACAUUUUCAAUUGGACAUCAGUUGAGUCGGCUCGAGUAUCAGUGAUGGCCAUUGCCAAUACUCUAGAUCUGCCAGAACGACUGCUUUCCCAGAGAGGAGCAGCACGUAUCUGUUUCCAACCAUAUGAGUUUCAAGAGAUUGAGCGCAUCAUCCACGAUCGUUUGAAAGGAUCAACAAACGCUAUAGAUGAAGCUGCUGUGCAAAUUGCGGCUAGAAAGGUGGCCGCAGUUACUGGUGAUUUGCGUAAAGCUAUGGACUUGCUCCGCCGUGCUAUCGAAAUUGCCAUAGAGAAAGGUGCCAAGAAACUUACAGUAGAACAUGUUCUUUGCGCAACUCGUGAAGCAUCCUCAACUUUGUUGGUUCACUUCGUAAAAAUUCUGUCGAAACACUCCCUCUUGGUUUUCAAAGCUGCAGUCUCACUCGUGAGUUAA